AUGCAGAACCCAGAACAUAUUCCUCCACCACAACCCACCCCCUCCCUGCGCAGAACCCAAAAACUCAUCGCCCCCCCUCCCCUGGAUAAUCUCUUCGCUGUUGAUAUUCUCUCAGCUUGUAAUCUUGUAAACUAUUUUGGGAAAAUGGUUCUUGGGGCUUCUGGUGUUGGUCAGAUCACUGUGUAUCAGGAAGAAGGAAGAGAGAUACACAGAUUGAUGUGCAAGAUAGAGAAGAAGGAGAGAAGGGGAGUGAUAGGAUUCAAGGUGUUAAGGGGAGGAGGAGGAGACAAGUUCAAGCAACACGAAGAAGAGGAGAAAACUGGAGCAGCAACCAGCUCGGUGGCCGACACCGACCACCACUGCUACCACGCCGGUCGGUCACCAUCCUAG